GUUACCACGUGUUUUUAGUAAUUGCAAUAACUGAUUGCUUUUUGUCAAAUAAUCAAUAGUUGAUGAUGAUUCCUGUUACUGGGUACAGCAGUAAGGUGCAACUUUAGCUUGUGGGAAAGGAGGGGGUUGAGGUUCGUUAAAGAGCAUGUCUAAUCCAAACCCACUGAACAAAAAAAUACAUUUGCCACUAAGUGGCAGUGACAGCACCAUAGGUGCUUGUACCAGGAUAAGUGUACUGUGGCCACAUGAAGUGUCAAAUACUGAGAUGACUGGCAGACGCACCACCUGUGUCCCCUACUGUACAAACGUGUUGUUUUUAGCCACCCGGUGCUCUGAUCGCUGCCAUGAGCAUUGCUCCUCUGCUUUCCGCUGUUGUUAGAGGGCGAAUGCCUCCAGCUGCCUAGUAAUGUCCUCACGAGCCUCCUUCCUAGAGUCAAUCUUGAUACCACUGGUACCAUUCAUUGGCAAGUCCAUGCAGAUUUUCAUCCUCCUGUACUACAUCAGCUUAUCUCUUUUGUAGGUCAUGCCAUGCCCGAUUAGCUCCCUCUAUCCGACAAAACUGAAGCUGCUUGGACAUGCGGUGGCUGGGUAUGUGGGCUACAUGACCCAUCAAAUGCAGCCUCGCCUGCCGGAGGAGCUCACCGAUAGGAAUGUGUCCAGAUAUUUCAAGGAUCUAUGAGCUCCUCACACAAUUCAAUCUGUUUAAACCCAGGAUGGAUCGUAUGCAGGCUAGCCUGAAUGUUCAAACCGGCACAGAUGUUCGUUCAGAGAGUCAUUGUUUUGCAAGCAUAGAUAAGGGAGGGACUAACUAUGGCCGAGAAGACCUGAAGCUUUGCGUGGAGUGACAGGCCGGGUAACUGCCGCACAGUGUUACACAGCUGAUGAAAAGAUAAUGCUGUUCAACUGAUUUGGAGUGAUACCUUUGCUGCCAAACCAGAGCUGCUCAUAAGCACACUACCCAGAUAUGUAAAUGUAUCCACUCUCCAAAACUGCCCCAUCUCUCAUGGGGAGUCCAGGCAGUGGAGUGUUGAAUGACACAAAAUAUCCAGGCAGGUGCUUAGUUUUGGUGGGGCGGAUGGUAAGGCCCCCAUCUCUUAGUGCCAUGCUCCAGGUUCAACAGCAGAGCCUCCGACUCCCGAGAGUGAGCAGAAAUUACUAUAUCAUCAGCAUACAUAACAUGGUUGGCCAAUAGGGAGCCAUCCCAUGACCACACAGGCAUCGAUUAGCCUCCCAUUUUAUCUGUACCAAAUAAAAAUUCCUCUGGUACAGCUAUUGCAAGCUAGAAUUACGUGGUCAAAAAAGCGGUUAAAUAACGUGGGAGCCAGAGGACAUUCCUAUCGCACCCCAAAUUGAACAGGGAAUGGCUCUAACUCCCGGCCAAGCAGCUUUUCCUGGGCCUGCUCACCAUCAUGAAGGUCCUUAGUGAUUGUGAGCAGUCACGGACCCCAAAAGCACAGUACAACCCAGAGCCUUCACCUGUUGAAGGUAUCAUAGGCCUUAACCAGAUCAAUAAAUCAGAGAUGUUACAACCAGUAUGGUCCCCCUUCUUAAAGAGGGGGACCACCAGGUAUCCCUUUCAAUCUUGCAAAACCCUUCCUGUGGUCCAGACACUUGUGUUUUUGUCAUAUAUGGCAGUCUGCAGACAAAUGCCACUCUCCCUCAGCAGUUAGCUUGGGAGAUAAUGUCUGGCCGGCGCUUUUCCUAUUCUUAGACUCUGGAUUGCCUUUGCACCGCCUUAACAGAUGGCAUCUCAGCCAGAGAUGGCUAUGUCCAAUAUUUGAUGCACAGCAGCCCCAGCAAGGUCACCCCCACCUUGCCUCAUGAUGUUAUCUGGACUGAGGGAUUUCCCCUCCCCUAAGAACUCGCAGAAAUUCUAUUUCGACCUGCAGACCUGUUCCUGGGUGUCAGAGAUUGGAUCACAGUUACUUCCAUUAAGCAUGGUGAUCAAGUAAUUGUUUUAUUGCAGUAUACUGAAUCAUAUUCCAUAUCCUAAGUAACCCGCGACCACCACUCAUCCUUUUCGCACCGCAUGUCUCUCAGAAUGAACGCUGUGGUAAGCCUCAUUCUCUGACCUGGGAUGCUGCAGAAGGUGGAGUUGGCCUGUCGAUUUUUCUCAGACAGCUGGAACAACUCCUCCGUCAGCCAGGGUCUCUGGGGAGGUCUGAACUGCGUAUCCAAUGCGCCUGUAGUGAGGGUCCUGAAGAAGGAACAAUGUCGGCGAGGUGUGGUGAGGCCCCAUCAAAAGCUGACAUCUCCGACAUAUCUGAGAGGAAACAUCUCAAUGUGGCUCAUGGCCUGGCUUGGUCUUACUACUUUGGAUACCUCAAGCUAGUGUUGCCAGAACUUGAUGUCAAGCUGGCACAAUACAAACGUGAAGGACGGACGUUUACAGCGAGCACGCGAAAGCUGUUCAUCCUCCUGCCGCUGAGCUGCCAUGUGACGGACACGUUUUCUGAACAGGAUCAACACAUAAGCGUCGAUGGCAACUUAUCCGAGAUUCAGCGGAACCGUGGUGGCGUCUCAAUGCGCAGCUUUAAGCACACGGUGCACAGGGUGUUGGAUGCCCAAAAUGUGGAGCACUACAUCGUGAUGGAGUUUGCUACACCACUGCGCUCCCUGCAUGACAUGUCAAACCAGACUCUUGCAGCUUUUAGCACUGAUGAUCGCUUGGAGCAGGCCAAGCUGUUCUACUGCACUCUAAAAAAGAUUAUCCAGAGUGACAUUGACAUCAGAAACAAAGUCCAGCUGGUGCUUUACGAUGAUACUGCAGAAGCAAAAAACCCUCAUUUUCUGUCGGAGAAGAUCCUAAAGUAUGUCUCGCCGAUGGCGGAUGAGAGCCCACUGCAGUUUAGCAUGGAAGAUCAGCCUCAACCACUUAGAAGUUAUUAGAAGUAAUAACUUCAAGAAACAUAUACAAAGUUAUCGUAAUAAUCGUUUUUUUCCCAUUUUUUCUGGCAACAAAACUGAAACCUUUUUACAAGGAAUCAUGUUUACAUUAACCACAAUACCUGCGGUCAUAAUGCAAACAAAAAAAAACGCUCUUAUAAUGUAUGCAUUGUCAUUGAGCAGAGAUCAUACAACCAGGGGCCCAAGUACACAAAAUUAUUUUUUUCAUGUAUUUUUCUACAUAUUUGAUGCGAGGUACUUCUACCAAACAUACAGUUUCUCUUCAACGUGACUUUACCGAAAAAACUAAGAAUAUACAGUCUGCCGUUACAGGUCAUGCGCUUCUGUUUACAGUGUUGGCUGAACCCUUUUCAACGUGAGCCACGUGAGGGGUGGUGAAAAGAGUGUACAGAAAAUGCUCUUAAAAUGUGUUCCAAGUAGGCUGCGAAUAUAGUACAAUUCGAAAUUGAAAAAAAAAGAGUUCCAGACUACGGGGGCAGCAGGGAAUGACUGACCCACAAAGUAACGGUUGACUGAGGGAUUUAUUCAAGUCGUUGCUUACUGGAGCUGAGAAGGUGUGCAUGGGAGGAGAG